AUAGCCCAAUCAAAUGAAUAGUCGAUGCACUGAUGUCUUAUACUUAAUACUGCUUGAUAAUGUCAUGGUGAUUCCAAUCUAAUGGGUUUUAUGUAAAGGGGAAAUACUUAGAUUAUUGUUUUAAAUGACUAUAACAACAAUUUAUUUUGUAGAUGCCCAAUCAAAAGAAAGGCACGCCAUCUUGGGUCGAACGCGGAUUAAAUAUGAUAGAUAACACAGCGGAGGUUCUUGUUAUUGACCAAAGAAGUUCCAGUAACAGCACUGGAAUAGAUUGCGAUAGAUCUUCAUGCAAUGGAAGUGACGAAGGAAGGACGUUUUUAAGAGGACAAAAUGUCCCUAUCGAACCCGAAAUCAAAGCUCAGCGCGAAAACAAACGCUUAAAAGCAUUAGAAUUGCAAUCAGCGAUACUGAAUCAACUAGAAGACAGAGAGAAACGGCGUCAAGAAGAAAGAGAACGGCAGCUUAGAGAAGAAAGAUUAGAAGAACUUCGCAUACAAAGACAGCAGGAAGAAGACAGACUACGAUUAGAGGAAGAACGAAGAAAAUUAGAAGAAAAACAACUGAUGGAGCAAAAGAAAUUAGAUACAUUAAAAAGAGCUCUGGAAGACGCUGAAAGAAAAGCUAAGCUGGAAAAAGAGAAGAGAUUUAGUUUCCAUAAGAGAAAUGCAAAUACAAAUGUAGAUAAUGUUCCUAAAACUAAAGUAGAAGAAACUGCAUCACUAACUGAAACUACGCCGCGCGUAGAACCUACUAGUCCUACAAAAACGAGUAGAACAUAUGACAUUCAUUCUGCAAAAAGUCAAAAAAGGGAAUGUAACUCCCAUCAAACGACAGAAUUCAAUUCACCACGAUCAGUUGGCCCAGGGAAUCUUAAUUUGUUUAUUCAUAGCGUACCUCCAUUAGCUUUAGCGGAUGGACAAUUUAACAUAGUGCCGAUUGGGUUAAGUGGUGCUAAUGAAGUUAUAAACACCCAGCCAAAUAAUAUACAAUUAGCAGUUUUAGUACCUCAGAAUGUGGCCAACAAUUUGUAUAGCGUUUCAUUAAACAAUAAUGUCAAUGAAUUAACAGACAUGGCAAAAUUAUUAACACCAAAUAAGUACCGGACACUGAGAAUGAAAGAUGCAGCAACUCAAACCGAUUCAAUAUUUAAAUCGACAACUGAUAAAAUUAUAGAAACCGAAGAAUUAGAAAGAAACAUCGAUAGAGAUUAUCCCAACAUUGACGAAAAUGCACCACAGGACAGUCACCAAAACACAUUGAAAAAAGAUAGACGAUUUAGGUCUGAGGAGAGGUAUAAAAAAGAUUUGGAAAAUCGUCCAAAGUGGGGCGUUAACAGACCUGCAGCUCAAUACAAGAAACAAAGUGAAAAAGAUCCAUUCUAUAGCCAAAAGAGAAAGAUGCGUCAAAAAUACAGACCUCAAGCAAGACAAUACUUAUCACAUUCUAGUGACGAUAGUCGUUCUCCAAGCCCACCAACAAGAUCGGAAAAAACAAUCGAGAAUGGCAAUAAAAACAGAAACUCAUUAAGCCAAUCUUACUGGCGAAAUAAACGGUCUAGUCAAGAUUUAUCAAAAUCUUUAAAUGUAUCGGAGGUAACAAACCAUUUACAGCCCGAUUUUAAUCCUUUGGCACAAUUAACAAGUAACGAAAUUACAGAAACAAAAAAAUCACCUAAAGCAUCACCAAUGAAAAGAAUGACCUUAUCGCAGAAGUUUAUUAACGACAAAUAUGGGAACAGAAAAUUAUGGAUAGACGACCUUAAUGAGAGAAAUGGAAAAUGUAAUCAGUUUGACGCUGAAAACAGAAAGAAAAUUAUAGACCAAAUAAAUACCGCUAAAAGAGAACUUUUUGAUAAACAGGAAGAACAAGAAAAUUAUGUAAAAACCAAAUUUUAG